AUGACGCAGCAUCCUCCAUCUGCAAACUGGGACCACAGGUGGCACGGUCAGUACCAGCAACAACAAAAUCCACAAUACUCCAACAUGGACACUUCUUCCAUGAUGCCUUUUGAUCCCAGGGUGCCAUCGUCGGCUCCUAUUCAACCGCACCACGAGUCCCAAUAUGCUAUUGGAACUACUUACCCCAUGGCCUCCAUCCCAAGCAUGGCACCUCACACUGCCUUUGGCGUCAACUCCUACGCACCAGCAUCGCCAACGUCCAUGGUGAUGCCAUUCCGUCAAUAUGGUGACGAAAGACCAUCCAUGAGUGAGACCCCCUCCAAUGGUGUGUCUUAUCAGCACAGGGAUGCGCAACAGGUGUACCGGCGAAACUAUGUGGCCAGUCCUCCCAUCAAGCGGGAUCCUGGGCCACCAGCUCAGCUCCCACUUCCAACAACAGCAGCUCCUCCAGCGGCACCAGCACCGAAGCCAUUGACGGACGAAGCCGGGGCCAAGCCGUACCAGAACAAGACCCUCAUUGAUGAAAUGAUGAGGGUGAUCCAGGCUCAGGAGAGUGACAGCGAGGAGGCCGAGGAGGAAGAAGAGGAAGAAGACCUUGAAGAGGAGGAAGAGGAAGAAGAGGAGUCCAAGCCUGCCUUGAACUCGCCGCCAGGUAGCAGGAGGGGAUCGAGAUGCAACAGCCCCCGAGGUACCAGGGCCAAGCAGCGCCGAAACAGCAAGCAGAGCAAGGAGAAGCGCAGAUGCCCUUGGGAAGGUUGCAGGCAGACUUUCAACCAAGGCACUCACAUGAAGAUCCAUAUGCGAAAGCAUACGGGCGAGAAGCCAUACGCUUGCUCCUGGCAGGGCUGCAAGUGGACCUUUUCGCAGCAUGGCAAUCUCAAGACUCACUACCGCAGGCACACUGGAGAUAAGCCCUUCAAGUGUGAUCAAUGCCCACGAGAGUUUGCACAAAAGGGUAAUCUGAGGGCCCACCUCUCGGUCCAUGACACCACCAAAAGGUUCCAUUGCCUGAUUGAUGACUGCAACAAGCCCUUCACCCAGCGAGGCAACCUGAAAAAUCACCAGAAUAAGUUCCACAAGGAGGCUGUCAUGAAGUACAUGACCCUCUUUGCCGAACAUUCUCUGGAGAGCAUCAAGGACGAAAAGGACCGGAAACUUUUUGUCCAUUUCAAAGAAAUUUACAAAAACAUGAACCGAGGCAUCAAGGGCCGCGGAGUUGGCCGCACGAUCCAGCAAAAGAAGUCCACGACUGGUAACGCACAGGGUCAGGCCCUGCACGACGUGCCAAUGUACCCGGUGCAGCAACACACGCCGCCCAUUGAGCACUCGAUGCCGCACCAGUUUUCCCAGCUGCCUCCAUCGUACCCCCCUCAGGCCCAAGCCCAGCACCAGCAUCAGCAUCACCAGCACCACCAGCAGUCUCACCACCAACAUGUUCACGGCCUACCACCCCCGACCUGGCAGGGCUACCCCGUGGCCACAGCCGCAGGUGCUCCUUCGCGGCCCGACGGUUCCCACUACGUGAUGCCUUCCGCCCGCGCACACUACGAUGUGUAUGACAUGGAGCACGAGAACAUGUCAAGCGGUGGCUCAAGCGCCGGUACAGCAAUCCACACACCUGCUUCUUCAGUGUACGAGGAGGACCACGGCCGGGCUCUGACAUUCCGAGAGCGCAUGUACUAG